AUCAUCACUACAAGUCUACAACACAAAUUCUCUCACAAACACAAAAUUCAUCUUCUCCCUCCUCUUAACACAUAUACACACACUCUCUCUGUUUACUCACACCACCCACUGAUCCUCCAUCUGCCCCUCCUUUUUUUCUUCUCCACCAUUUGCAAAAUCACAUCUAUCUUUCCAGAUAAUAUACAUUAAUUAAACAAGUACAGAUGGAAGAAUCUUCACCAUUAUCUAUCUUGGCAUCCAUGAAUAGCUGGUUCACUCCCACCAUCCUCUUCAUCUUCCUUAACCUCAUGAUUGCCACUAUUCUUUUCACUUCCAACUUACCAAACAACAACAACAAUAACACACAACAAAACCAAAAAGUUGCACAAAAUGAAAAUAACCAAAAUGACUUGAACCAAUCCAAACUCACUAGAUCCCCAUCUAUUCUUCAUAGGCUUAGAUCUUUCAAUUUUCACCCUCAUAAAUCCCAACAAUAUCAACAACCACCCCAACAAGAACUUCAACAACUUCAAGAACCUCUAGAAGUAGCUGCUACAGAAUAUGUUUUCAACCACCCUUUAUUCCCUCAUGACCAAGAUCCACAACCCAUUUCCCAAAACUCAAAAAAAUUCGAUCUUGACCCGACACGUGUCAAUUCUGAUACUACCCAUGUCGAUCUUGACCCGACCCGUUUUGAAAAACAGCCCACGUUAGUAACCCAUUUUUAUGAAGAGAAGAACCACACCAUUGAAAGAGUGAUAACCCAUUUCAAUUUUGGUCCGACCGAUAUUGAAAAAUCUGACCCGGACCAUGUUGAGACUGACCCGACCCGGAUUGAAAAUGAAGACCCGGUUGAUUUAGUGGAUUCCCAUGAAGAAGAAAAGGAUGAGUUGAAGAGUUUGGAUGAGAUAUAUAGUAAUAUAACUGGUGGGCACGUUAACCGGACAAAGUCCGAUACAUUGCCGGCUUCCGGCGAGAUUCCGGUUAAACUUCCGGCGAAGAUGAAAAAGUCUGCAAGUAUGAAAUCUGCAUUUUCACAUUUUGAGGAAGAAAAGAUUGUGGAGGCUCGCCGGCCGGAGACAGUGAGGGAAAGGCGGUCGGCGGCGAGAACGGCGGCGGAGGGUGACGUGGAAGUGGAUGCAAGAGCUGAUGAUUUUAUUAAUAAGUUUAAGCAUCAGUUGAAGUUGCAAAGGUUGGAUUCCAUUAUCAGGUACAAGGAAAUGGUAAAUAGAGGGAGUGAAAAGUGAGAUAAUGGAAUUUUGAGUGGGUUUUAUGUAACAUUUUGGAACACAGGGGGUUGUUUUAGCAUGUUUUUAUAGUUUAAAGCUUUCAAGUUGAAAUCUAUGUUAUUAGGUUUUUAACUUUUUAUAUGCUUUUGGCAUAUGUAAAUCUAAGCAAAUGUGGGUGAUAGAAAAGGCAUUUUGUUU